AUGUGGGAGGUUGAUUCAUCCUCCUUUUCCCAGAGGCCAGAGCUUGGCUAUUGGGUCCACAAAGAGCUCUUAGAGUGGCUCAUCCCUGUCGCGUACGACCGCCAACAAGCCGAAUUCGCCCACAGACGCCAUCCUGGAACCCUUCAGUGGUUUCUGGACUCUGACACAUACCAGAAAUGGAUCCACGAGACCUCAGAUUUGUAUUCCGACGGACAGCCACAAGACCUCCGUACGCUCUUCUGUCCAGGCCCGGCAGGUGUAGGAAAGACGAUCCUCACCUCUGCAGUAAUCCAGGACCUUGGCCAUCGUUUCGGGGAGGGUUCUGAUUCUAAUGUAGGCAUUGCAUACUUGUACUGCUUCUACAAUUGCCAGGAACAACAGUCUACCCCAAAUCUUCUACUUGUCCUUCUAGAACAGCUGGUUUCGAACCGAUCUCGCCACCGGCCCCAAACCUGGGUUCCAAGUCAUACACAAGAGAGGUUCGGCCCACCCAUGACUAGCCCGCCGUCGCUGGCCAAGAUCAUGAAGUCUCUUGAGGAGGUCAUUGCGAAAUACGACCGCGUCUUCUUUGUCCUAGACGCGUUGGAUGAAUGUGCGCCCGGGGACCGAAAUGCAUUACGAAAAGAGCUAUUCAGACUGCAAACUGAGAGCAAAGUCCAUCCUUUUGCCACAUCUGACUCCGACUCGGAUGUGGAGCACAUGUUUGCCAACGCGCCUUCGUUAGAAAUCCAGGCUAACCAAGAGGAUGUGCGAUCGUAUUUGGGAUGGGGCAUGGACGAGCUUCCAGCUUUUGUCAAGAAAGACCCUACCGUCAAGGAGGAGAUCAAGGAUACCAUCAUCAAGGCCGCCCCUGGGAGUAAUCUCGAGAUGCGGCUGCAAAAGUUCCCACUGUACUUCUAUGCUGCGUUGCACUGGGGGUUCCACGCACGAAUAGCCUUCCACAAGUUCCUUGAUAUGUCAAGUAUGAAGCUUCGGUUUUUGAGCUCUAGUGCGCUGAUAGAGGCGUCCUGUGAUGUGGUGUUCAGGGUUGGGCAGUGGCCGCGAGACGAAGACUUUCCCGGGGACUAUCCUAGUGGCAUGAAUGGGCUUCACAUCGCAGCAUACUUUGGGAUCACUAACCUCGUCUGCGCACUUGGUUCAAGAGUAGGUGCCAUGGUCAAUGCCCUGGAUGAAUGGGGCUUCGCAGCACUCGCCUGGGCAGCGAACGAGGGACACGAGGAAACCGUCAAGGCCAUUCUCGGAUUCAGGGCCAUAGAUGUCAACAUUCGGGACAGUCGAGGCCGGACACCCAUUUCCCUUGCCGCUGGACACAGCCAUACCUCCAUUGUCAAGGACCUUCCGGACCACGGUGCGAACCCAAACUUCAAGGACUUUCGUCAGGCAACGCCACUAUGGCACGCGGCCAAGGGAGGACACACCACCACGGUGGCUCUUCUCACCAGGCGCGACAUAGAUUUGGAUGCUACCUCUGAAACGCCACUAGAUUCGGCGGUAUGGCAUGACCACGAGGACCGGAAGGGCCGCACGCCGCUUGCGCUGGCUCUGGAGAAGGGGAAUGAGGCGGUUGUGGGCCAGCUACGGGCCACUGGAGCCAGAGAAAAGGGACUGAAUGAGUAUCAUGUCUUUCUCAAUGAUGAUGAGGACGGGAGGCAGGAUGGCAUAGACAUGACACGCAAGCAGGCUGACGGGCCGGCAUGGGACGUGGGAGGCGAGACUGAACAGGAAAGCGACGGGGCUUCACAGUCUUCCAUGUCUGGAGAAGACUCAUGGCAAGAUGACUUCGAGAACCCUAAUUGGCGGAAGGAGAGGGCUCGGAGGAGACGUUGGUUUAAUCCGAAUUGGUUCGACGAUACUCCCGCAAACGGCGACGGAGACAGCAACCAUAGCCGUUGGAGCGGUACCAUCGACUUUUACUAUCACCAAAGCGCAUUGCGGCCGUAA